UGGACUGGGCGCUCUCAGCCGGCUAGAUUCCACGUGGUGCGUUAAUCGCGGCUGCUGGGGAGGCGUCGCUGUGAGAGCGGCUUGCGACGCUUUUUCAACAGUGCGGUGAAGCGGGGCUGCCGUAUUCCGGGUGAAAUACCGGCUGUUGUGCCGUUGCCUGGCUGAGGCGGGGAGGGAGCGGCAGGAGACGGGGCGAGAGAGGGGAGGGAGUUGCCCUCACGCCCGCCGGCUUCCCCCUGGAUGGUCCGUAUCGCUGGUGCGGGGCCUCCUCCUCCCUGGUCCCUGCGGUGUCCGGCGGCGCGGCGGGCUGUGAGGCGGCCGGAGGCGGCGGGUCCCGGCGGUGGGCGCUGAAGAUGGACUAUGACUUCAAGGUGAAGCUGACCGGGGAGCGGGAGCGGGUUGAGGACCUGUUCGAGUACGAGGGCUGCAAGGUGGGGAGAGGCACCUACGGGCACGUCUACAAAGCCAAGCGGAAAGACGGGAAAGAUGAUAAAGAUUAUGCUUUAAAACAAAUAGAAGGUACUGGAAUUUCUAUGUCUGCAUGCAGAGAAAUAGCACUGCUGCGAGAGCUCAAGCAUCCAAACGUCAUUUCUUUGCAAAAGGUGUUUUUGUCUCAUGCUGACAGGAAAGUGUGGCUUCUCUUUGACUAUGCUGAACAUGACCUCUGGCACAUAAUCAAGUUUCACAGAGCUUCUAAAGCAAACAAGAAACCAGUUCAGUUACCUCGGGGAAUGGUGAAGUCAUUAUUGUAUCAGAUCCUAGAUGGUAUUCACUACCUGCAUGCUAACUGGGUGUUACACAGGGAUUUGAAACCUGCUAAUAUUUUAGUUAUGGGUGAAGGUCCUGAGCGAGGAAGAGUAAAAAUUGCUGAUAUGGGCUUUGCCAGAUUAUUUAAUUCACCUCUGAAGCCUUUAGCAGACUUGGAUCCAGUCGUUGUAACAUUCUGGUAUCGAGCUCCAGAAUUACUUCUUGGAGCAAGGCAUUAUACCAAAGCUAUUGAUAUUUGGGCGAUAGGAUGUAUAUUUGCAGAGCUGCUAACAUCAGAGCCAAUAUUCCACUGUCGACAAGAGGACAUCAAAACUAGUAAUCCUUAUCACCAUGACCAGCUGGACAGAAUAUUCAAUGUAAUGGGAUUUCCUGCAGAUAAAGAUUGGGAGGACAUAAAAAAGAUGCCCGAACAUUCAACAUUAAUGAAAGAUUUCAGAAGAAACACGUAUACCAACUGCAGCCUUAUCAAAUAUAUGGAAAAACAUAAAGUUAAACCAGAUAGUAAGGCAUUCCACUUGCUUCAGAAAUUGCUUACUAUGGACCCAAUAAAGAGAAUUACCUCAGAACAGGCUAUGCAGGAUCCUUAUUUCUUAGAAGAUCCACUUCCCACAUCUGAUGUUUUUGCAGGUUGUCAGAUCCCUUACCCAAAACGAGAAUUUUUAACAGAAGAAGAACCCGAUGAUAAAGGAGACAAAAAGAACCAGCAGCAGCAGCAGGGCAAUAACCAUACUAAUGGAACUGGUCAUCCAGGGAACCAAGACAACAGUCAUACACAGGGACCCCCAUUGAAAAAAGUGAGAGUUGUUCCUCCUACCACUACCUCAGGUGGACUUAUUAUGACCUCAGACUAUCAGGAAUCAAUUCUCUUCUCCUUCAUGGUUUCCAGCGUUCCAAUCCCCAUGCUGCGUAUCCCAACCCUGGACCAAGCACAUCGCAGCCACAGAGCAGCAUGGGAUAUUCAACUACCUCCCAGCAGCCUCCACAGUACUCACAUCAGACACACCGGUACUGAGCUGCACCUGAAUAACGUCAAUGCACUGUUGCUAAUGCUGUAGGACUGGUCAUGCAGCUGUCUGCCUGGAACCUGGCUUGGGCCACAAGAAUGUACUGUACAACCACACCUUCAAAAUGUCUGAUAGCCAAGUUCCACCACUUUUCACAGAAUGGAGUAGUGGCUCCCAAAUUGUACCUGUUUUGGGGUUAGACUUGAAAAGAAAGUGCUAGCACAGUUUGUGUUGUGGAUAUGCUACUUCCAUAGUUUACUUGACAUGGUUCAGACUGACCAAUGCAUUUUUUUCAGUGACAGUCUGUAGCAGUUGAAGCUGUGAAAUGUGCUAGGGGCAAGCAUUUUUUUAUUGUAUGUGGUGAAUUCUCUUGAUGUAACAACAUUAUCUGACCAAUAGUACACAAAAUCCUUUAACUGGUACUUGAAGCAUACAGUAUAUGUUAACAUGGCAAAAAAGCAAAAUAACCAUGACUCUAAUUGAGAUAAUUUUGAUAUACAUUUAUUUUUAGUGACUUUUGUGCGUUGGUUCAUUUUCCACAUUGAUCAAUGUUUUAUGACCAACAAAAUUGCUACAAUAAGAUUUUUUAAGAAAAUGAAAACAUUUGCAUUUUUCCAGCAGAUUACAAGCCUCCCAAAGAUUAAUUUCCAACAUAUAGAUUUGUUUUUGUUUUUAAAUCUAUGACUUGACUGGUAUUAAAGCUGCUAUUCGAUAGUAAAAUAAGUAUGUUGUCAUUGAUAUAAACAUGUUUGGUUCAGCAAACAAACUGAAAUGAUUGUCAUAGACAGUGUUUUAUUUUUCCUAUUAGUGUUGCUGAUUUGUGAGCAUGCUUUGGGAUUAAAAAAGCAUGAAUGAUAUUUCCUUAAAAGGUGCGGCAUCCAUUCAGAUAUUUCGUCAUGAUUUUUGAGAGAUGGAUUGGUGUAGUGGAUUUUAAAUUUUGUUCAGUUAAUUAUUUUUAAAAUAUUUUCGCACGUUAUUAGGGAUGCCCUUAUUACAGCAAAGGAUGAGGUGUUAGGAGAGCCUUAGAAUUUGAGGAAAAACUAUAACAUACAAUGUACUGUAUCAAACUAUUUUACAUGAAUGACGCAAGUAUUCUGAAUAAAAAACUGAACAUUGUUAAAAACAAGGUGUUAUGUAAUAAAUUUAUUUUUCAUAAAUCUG